AAAAAUUGAGCUUCAUUUUUUAUUGAAAAUAUGUAAAUAAUAAUUCCAUAACCCAAAAAGAUAUGUUAAACAAUACUUGCCCAAGGAUUCAACUCUCGCUACAAGAAACAAAUGGUUAAUCUAUCCAAAGAAGCAAUGCUAGCUUUUAAUCAAGAAUUAAUUCAAUGUAUCGAAGAGUUAAAGUCUACGAAAUCCAGCCUCGAAGAGCAGAUCGUGGCGGAGGAAACCGAGAAGUCGCGGCUGCAGCACGAAGUCGAACGAAUGAAUGUUAGAAUCAGUCAGUUGAAUGAAAGCCUGGGUAAGAAGUCGGCAGCGCGUACAGAUUACGAGCGAACCAUUCAGGAAACUGAGUCGGCAUACAUGAAGAUCCUUGAAAGCUCGCAGCUGCUCCUGAACAUGGUGAAACGGGAAGCUGCUUGUCUCGAUCAGACGCUUAGCAGCAGUAGCAGUAACAGCAGUAGCUCCAAGAGUAAUCCAGAGACUGCAAGACGCAAACAUUCCAGGGAGGCUGUGAAUUGCUUGGAUGACAAUGUUACGUGCAGUAAACCUAUGGCAACUGCGGAUCACGCUAGAAGGAAAAAAACUAGUGAUAUAGCCAUAAAAAUGUGAACUACAUUUGUCUUUGUUAAGCCGCAGUUUAAUACGCAGUUAUUGGGUAAUCUAAAGUAUUGUUAUAGUAAUCUUUUUAUUUUUAUAAAACAUUUCAAAAUUAAAUUGAUUUUGGAUUUGUAACAAAUAA